AUGUCUUCUGCAGGGAAAUCAGGAAAGGAAUAUACUGUUCCAGUAUUGGCACGUUCGACGCGUCAAAAGAAGAUCACUGUCUCUGAUUCCCUGCAAGAUUAUGAAGGUGACAUACCGGAGAUCCUGAGGUCGAGGAUUCCCAUGGAUAUCUCCCAGAGUGGUCUUGACCCGACUUUACCCCCUAUUCACAACCUGAAGGAUAUCUUUGAUGAUAUCACUAGACGUGCCAUACAGCUUGGAUUGGUAGACUUCCUGACCUAUAUGGGUUCGAGGAAGCUGAGGGUCGUGACUAUGUGUUCCGGCACUGAAAGCCCUCUACUUGCCUUGGAGAUGGUCGGGAAGAGUCUGAAAAACAUUUUCGGUAUCGACUUCAAAUUCGACCACCUAUUCAGUGCGGAAAUAGUUGUUCUGAAACAAGCAUACAUCGAGACGAACUUCCAUCCGCCCCUGAUUUUUAGAGACGUUACCCAGAUGCAAGGAUCAGAAGCUGUCACGGCAUACGGAGCCUUACAACCGAUCCCCAAGAACCCCGAUAUCCUCAUAGCGGGCGCUUCAUGUGUCGACUUCUCAAACCUGAAUAAUCAGAAGAAGUCCCUAGAAGAUAAGGGGGAGUCAGGCUCUACCUUCUAUGGAAUCCUGAACUAUGCCAAAGUCUACCGGCCACCCUUGGUCAUUCUCGAAAAUGUGAAAGGUGCCCCAUGGGCGCAGGCCGCCGAAGACUGGCAGAAGAUCGGUUAUGCUGCCGCCUUCACGAUAGUUGACACUAAAGAUUAUUAUAUCCCACAGACUCGCGAACGAGGAUACAUGAUUUGUAUUGACCGACAGCGCGAGGGAUGUGACCAGAUCGCAAAUGAUGCUAUUGCCGAGUGGGCGCAAAUAUUUGCGCAGUUCGAACGUCGCGCAAGCUCUCCUGCAUCUGCGUUUAUUCUUGACGACGAUGAUCCCAGACUUGAACGUAUUCAGAAGGACAUGGCUGAGAAAAGCGCCAGCAGCAGAUCUCGCACUGCCAACUGGUCCAAGUACCAAGCUCGUCAUCAGAGCUACCGUUUGAACAACAAACUUGGAUACAAGCGGCCUCUGUCCAAGUUCCAGGACCACGGUUCUUGUAACAUGCCUGACUUUGUCUGGCAGGACUGGUCACGAGUACAACCCGAGCGUAUCUGGGACACUCUGGACAUGAAUUUCUUGCGCACGCUUCGUACCAAUAGGUACGAUAUUAACUACAAAGAACGUUUCCUCGAACUGUCCCAAGGCAUAGACCGUGAAAUCGAUACUCGCCAGUUCGGGAUCGUGGGAUGUAUCACUCCCAGCGGCAUUCCAUACAUCACAACGAGAGGCGGUCCACUCUGCGGACUGGAAUCACUCUCUUUGCAAGGUUUACCUCUUGACCGACUGAUUCUGACCAGGGAGUCCCAAAGAGACUUGCAAGAUUUGGCAGGGAACGCGAUGACUUCAACUGUAGUUGGGACAGCUAUCUUAUCAGCCUUGAUUUGCGGAUACAAGGUUCUCGAGAACGGUAGCUUCGCAGAUCCAGAAGAUGACAACGAAGAUAGCAUGACGAUCUUCCCAAACGAUAGUUAUGAGAUGAUCGAACGAUCUCUACGACUUACCGAAAGUACCGAGAUUGAAAUAACUGAAAUACUCGACGAGGCGAAAAGGAGCUCGCAGCUGUGUCGUUGCGAAGGUCAAGCCACUAUCAAACGCAAGGGUAUUCUUCAAUGUUCACUCUGCGGACACACUGCCUGUACAGUCUGUUCAGGAAACCCAGCCCAUGAUUACCAUGCUCUCCCGAAUUGGACUUUGGAAAACCGAAAAGACCCUGUGGAGUUUUUGACAAAACUUAAGCAAAUAAUCCCAAUGCGUUUGAUACUCUCUGGAAUCUCAGAUCACGACUACCACGACCUCAAGAGGGACUUGGAUUGCCCGCACAACAUAUGGGAUGGAUUUUUGGAAUCCGUGUGUCGCGCAUUUGGAGACGAGCUCCGUUUCUUGUCUAUCAAACGGGCUAGAAACUGGACCGUGCUAUAUGAUGGCCCCUCUUCCAGACUGUGCUUAGAGAUUCAUGAUGACAAGGUUGAGUGGCUUCUGUACGUAAAACCCUCAGUGGACGAGCCAGCCACGUCGAUAAACCGCGAGAUUUUUGGAAAGCCCAUUGCCAGAAUGAGCGCAAAGUCUGGUUCACUUCUUGAAGGACAGUGGGAGAUAUGUGCUCCUGUCAGCUCUAAGACCACUUUGGAAAUCUGCGGCACUGGAUCUCAGAUUGCUGCAUACGAGUCGAAAGUUGGACUCCAAGAUGGUCACUUUUUUGACGCAAAGGUCUGGAAUAACCUUCUUGUCUCUGGAUCGGAUGAGGCUAUCAAAGACUUGGAAAUAGAUGUCCGUGGCACAUAUGAGCUGCUUCCUGAUUGCGGUACAGCUUGUGCUUCUUUGCAUAGGAGAUUGGCUUCGCAGAACAGUCCUCCUGUUUAUCUCUUUCUGGAUCCGACAAAACGUGCCGACCCCCAAUUGGACCCGUUCGUCUUUUCGUUCUCGCAUGAGCGUCUCAUUGGAAAUGCCCGCCGUUCUAUCUUGGGGGAGCUCAGUCAUAAAUGGCGAUCAGCAGACGUUAACGAGGAGAAAUCUGAGGUGGAUCUCUUCUACAGAAAGUGGACCAAGUGCGACACAAUGAGACUUGAUACGUUCAAUGACUCGGAAAUAACGUACCGCACUCUCUCUACCAUGAAUACUCUGACUAUUGGUGAUGUUGAGUGCCACAAUUCUAACGUCGUUCUCAUGGAGUUCGCAGUUCCCGUGUCGGAAAUACCGUCGUCUUGGAAGCCCGGGUCGUGGCAAUCUACUAAUCUGAUGGAGUCGGCAGGAUUCCUUAGUGACUUCGCGUGGUUGAUACAGAAAUCAUCAGACAUAUCUGAUUUUGAAGAUUGGAACCUAGUUUCUGCAUACAUUUCUGAUCCGGGAGAAACGAUAUGCUCCGUGUGCGCCCCCAAAAAGCCACGAACAAUAUGGGGUCUUGGUCGUCGCGAAACUAUCGUGCCUUAUGAGGACCCUUUCGAAGCUGCCACAUAUGAAAGAAACAUCAAGUCACGCCCAUCGGCUUUUGUGGCUUUCAGCAUGGUGGACGAAGAGAACAUUGUGCAUCUCAAACUCGCCGUGAACAUAAGUACCCUGUUGCACCAAGCCUACGAUAACCUCGUGGGUCCCAGAAUCUGCCAGGAGGUUGGGCUUAGCUGGCGUCUCGUUCCAAACGCUCCGGAUAUCAAAGAGAUUGGAUCCAGAGGAUUCCUUCUGAUGAGCAAUAAAGAUACAACAUCCUGCUCUCAGCCACCAAACUUCCGGAAUAUGAAACUCCGUCCCGAACAGUUGCGUUCCCUGCAGUGGAUGAUCUCUCAAGAGGACGACAACGCUCAGCCAUUCCAGGAAGAGGAAGUUGAGGAAGCUCUUCUCCCUUCUAUGAUGUGGCGCGCUGAGGGCAAAGCAACGGUCGAGAAGGUAGUUCGCGGGGGAAUCCUGGCUGAUGAAGUUGGGUACGGGAAAACUGCAGUGACCCUCGGACUGAUCGACACACAAUCCCAGAUAGAUAAGCGACGAUUGAUCAAGGAUGCAGGACUUGCGGAUGGAUCAAUCCCACUCAAAGCAACUUUGAUAAUUGUGCCGCAGAUAAUGGUGAAGCAAUGGCAGGCUGAAAUUCGCAAGUUUCUGGGAAAUACAUACAAACUUCUCGUCAUAUCCACGGCAGCAUCCCUGAAAAGCAAGUCCAUCGCGAACUUUCAAGAGGCAGAUAUCAUUCUUCUGUCAUGGAGUGUGUUCAAUGGUGCUGCUUAUUAUAACCGCGUCGAACAAUUUGCUGCGGCUCCAUCUGUCCCUUUGAGGGAUGGACGCAUCUUCGAUCAGUGGUUCAAUGAGACCCUUGAAAGUAUUGCGAACAACGUUAACAUCUUGCGAGAGGAAGGCCCUCGGAAACUACUCCAUACCAUUUCGGAGAAACGUAAAGAUCUCAAGGAAGCAAAUGCCUACUACACUUACGUGCCGUCAAAGCGGCUCAAGGGAAAGCAGUUUGCCAAGGCUCAAGAAGAGAAACAGCAAGUGGAGAUGAACUCGGGUCAGGAUCCAGAAGCUGACGGCCCUGCAUCUGGGAACAAACGAAAGAUGAGUGCUGUUCAGAAGGGCAAACUGCCGCAGAAAAAGGAAGAAGAAAAGCUUUGGGACGACGCCAGCGACUUCGGUAUCAAAACCUCUAACCAGGACUGGACGACACUCAGGAAUGUGCUCGUUCAUAUGUUCGAGUUCAAUCGCAUUGUGAUAGACGAAUUCACAUAUGUGAACGAGAGAAGGAUCGCAACGCUUCUGACUUUGAAAGCUCGUUCCAAAUGGGUUCUGUCAGGGACUCCACCAUUAAACGGGUUCUCCGAUGUGAAAUCGAUUGCACAAUUCCUGGGGCUUGGUCUUGGAAUUGAUGAGGAAGAUCCCUCUAAUUCGCAGCAUGCGCGCCUCGCAGCUGCGAGAUCCGAGCGAUCUGAUGCCGAGCAAUUCCUUUCCUUCAAAACCCCCCAUAGCCAGGCCUGGCAUGACCGCAGACACGAAGUUGCGCAAAGGUUUCUCGACUGCUUCAUGCGUCAGAACAUCGCUGAGAUAGACGAAAUCCCGUGGACGGAGCACUUUUGUGUCGUUAAACUGUCUGCCGCAGAAACCGUCAUCUAUCUUGAACUCUAUAUGCAACUAAUGAGCCAAGAUCUGCAGUUGAGGAGAAAUGGCGGCGGUAGAUUCAAUAACGACCAGGUUGCAAGGAUCAAUGAGCUCAUAGGCUCAAGCAAGUCCGCUCAAGAAGCAUUGUUGAAACGCUGCUGCCCAUUCCUUCUGGAUACUGGCUCAGGCGGAUUGCUGCAGACUCCUGUGACUUGUGACCAUCUCAUCGUCACUAGAACAGAGCAGCUCAACGAGCUAAUCAAUGAUGUGAGAUCGAAGCUCAAAUUGGCCAUAUGGCUCUUUCAAGAGUUAGGCGAGCCUCAUAGGCAUCUGGAUGACUUUGUUAACAAUGUCUCUGGACAUAACUUUGGGGACACAGAUGUCACCUCGCAGCUGCAGCCUCUAAUAGAUGCAGCAAUGAGGCAAUGUAAAGCAGAAGACUGGAACAAUUUCUUCAUCAGUGAUGAAGAACUUGCGCAAAUGAAAAGCGCCGGCAAGCCUGCCACGGAGAAUGCUGAAUGCGGCCAACCAGAGGAGGAAGACGACAUUGCGGAAGGUGCUGAUGGUUCUGGAUCUGCCGUCCAAGUAACACAAGAUCCUGAUACGAAAUCCCAACGCUCUACCAAGAGGGUAAAACUUGAGGUAGACGCUGCUCCCGCCACAACAACACAACCUCUGCGAAAAGACCAGUCAUGGCCGAAAAAACCAGGGCACGAUGACCUCGCCCCUGCGUUACGUGAGGUCGCGAUGACUCUUCGAAGCCUCACGCGGGAAUGGGUUUUUCGACAGAGAGCACUGAGGUUCCUGGCUUCUCUACGGAUGCUGCAAAGUGAUCGCCAGCUCCUUUCUUGCUCUGUUUGUGGCCGUGAGACAGCGGACCGCACCCAAGUCCAUGUUCUCGGCCAUUGCGGUCAUAUCGUGUGUGACGACUGUGUAAAAGCAGUCGUCAUGAAAGAGGAAUGCGCCGUCAAUGGCUGCAGAGGAGCCGCACCGGAGUACCGGGUGAUUAGAGCGCCCAUGCUGGUUGAAGGCAACGACGCCUCAGUAGGACCAUCGUAUGGUGGAUCCAAGCUCGAUGCCCUCGUUCAACUACUCCAGGAUCCCUCCCGGGUACCACACGAUGAUCAAGUCAUCGUGUUUGCGCAAUUUCCCGGAGUCCAGGAAGCCGCAGCCCAGGCACUGCAGCGCGCCUCGAUCUCCUGUCUGGUAAUAGGACAUGCUGAUCGAAGCGCCGCGCAAAAGGUCCUGGAUUUCCAGGCGAACAAGGCCAAGGUCCUCGUCUUGAACAUAGGAGGAGAGAACGCGGCCGGGUUGAACAUCCAAUGCGCGAACCAUGUGGUCUUCCUUUCCCCGCUGCUUGCAAGCAGCCAAUACGACUAUGAGGCGACAAUGACGCAGGCCAUUGGUCGCUCCCGCCGGUAUGGACAGAAAAAGCAUGUCCAUAUCUACCAUUUCCUGGCCGGGGCGACCAUCGAUGUCAAUAUCCUGCAACAGAGACGCGGAAGAGUCGUUGUGAAGCGGGGGGAGGAGUUCGUCCUGGUGCCGGAGGAAGAGAUCCAGGGGUCGGACGUCCGUGGUUGGGAAGGGCUUUCUCUUGGAGAAGGCGUUGUUUAGGCUGAGGGAGGGAGAUAAAUUGCAAAUUGUUUCUUUUUUGAUGUGAAUAAUACCAGAAUUAUAUUGAAAUUUCUAAUCCCGAACUGAUAAUAUCAC